GGUCGGGGCUGCGCUGGUUCUCGACGCAAGCAACAAGACAACAACCAACACAUCGGCAAGGGAACGACUCUUGGAGAAUUCACAAAACCGCCAGACAACCAUGCUGCGCUUCGCCGUCUCCAAGGUCGCAACGGUAGCCCUCAGACCCGCGGUGAGCGCAGUGGCACCGCGGGCGGUCGUGGCGGCAACAACAGCCUUGCCGCCGCAGCAGCAGCGCUUCUUUUCCACGAAGGAGGACGAAGAGGUCGUCAAGGUGGUGCUGGCAGACUCCCUCGAGUGGGCGCUCUCCAGCCCCCCGCCGAUCCACCAGUUCGACGAGCCCCCUAUCGUCGUAGAGAUCGCGGAAGCUUAAGAUCAGUAGUAGCGGAUGGAUGGAUAAUUCACACAUGCGCUGCACCCGGCGUGAUCUUCUCGAAGGGGGACGUGCGUGAUGCGGAAGGCUUCGCCGUGCAGAACGGCGACGACGGAGUGAAAGGGUUGGGGAACUGCAGCAUAUCGGCUUAGUCGAUGCGAGCGUCUUGGAGCCGCAAUGGAACCUACAAAGUACCUCCGAUGAGUGUGUGUAUCGGCAGCCGAGGAUGUGCCGACAAGGAUAGCUGACUGUCGCCUAUCUUUUUUUUCGAGCGCUUUGCGAUGUUUGGGCGUGUUAUUCAGGGGGAUCUUGCCCGAGUCCUUGGCCUGCCGAAUGGGUUGCUUGCGUCGCACGAUUUGAGUUGUUUUUGUGGUAGGUGUUCCCUCUUAUGUACAACGACACGUGCAGCAGACGGUACGGGUCGCCGGAAGAACAGGGUGGAUGGGGCCGGUGCAGGGCUUCAGGAGUUCACUUAGGUGCGUUGCUACGCAAGUCUCGUUUGAGUAUAAAGCUUGCCACCAACACGGAAUCAGACUCUGAAGCACUUGGUUUUGGUGGGGGGGGAACAUCGCGUUGUACAACGAGGAACGAAAAUCGAACAUUGCUGUAUCCUGAAGCUUCAGAACCCGAUUGAAGUGCGAUCAACGCGAAGAACGUUCGUGUUGUGGCGUGCGCCCUUGGUGUAGUACGCAGUACGCGUGCUCCUUCAAGUUCGAUCUGCCGGGUGCGGUUUUGUCGUCUCAUGUGCAAACCACGCCGGUGCGAACCCCUGGUUCUUGCCAUGCCUCGUUCUCGAGUCCGUCUAGCUACGUCUGCGAACCGGCACAAGACUCGUUACGCCACUCUAGUGUCAGCUGACGUGCGUGUCUUCGCCCACAGGCCAUCGUGGGGUGUACAAGGGCGCGCAUGCAGUCGUUACUUUUUUUCCGUGAAAUGCUCACGCCCGGGGUGUACGUUUCGUAACCAAACCGUACUCGAACAGCAAGGUCACCAGACAAUUAUGCUUGGCCUUCGGACCGAAUAACGCAUGUAUGCGGUCGUGUUGUGGACGAGUGAUC